AUGGCGGCGAGUCAGGGAGGUGGUGUUAACAGUGGGGGCGGCGGUUGUGGUGGAGGUGGAAGUAGCGGUGGCGGUGGCGCAGCCGGAGGGGGAGGUGGCGGAGCCGGAGGGGGAGGCGGCGGCGGCGGCGGCGGCGGGACCCUGGUGGUGCCCAUCCCGGUACCGACUCUUUUCGGUCAGCCGUUCCCCAACGGGCCGCAGUGGAACCCGGGGAGCCUGCAGCCUCAGCACACGGUGAGGAGCCUGGACCGGGCCCUGGAGGAGGCGGGCAACUCCGGCAUCCUGAGCCUCAGCGGUAGGAAACUCCGAGACUUCCCCGGCAGCGGCUACGACCUGACGGACACCACCCAAGCAGAUCUUUCGAGAAACCGUUUUACAGAAAUUCCUUCUGAUGUUUGGUUAUUUGCACCUCUUGAAACAUUAAAUUUAUAUCAUAAUUGCAUCAAAACCAUUCCUGAAGCUAUUAAAAACCUGCAGAUGUUAACAUACCUUAACAUUAGUCGAAAUCUUUUGUCAACAUUGCCAAAAUACCUAUUUGACCUUCCCCUUAAAGUUUUGGUCGUCAGUAAUAAUAAACUGGUAUCCAUUCCAGAAGAAAUUGGCAAGUUAAAAGACUUAAUGGAAUUGGAUAUCAGCUGCAAUGAGAUUCAGGUCCUUCCCCAACAAAUGGGAAAAUUACAUUCACUUAGAGAGCUAAAUAUCAGAAGAAAUAAUCUUCACGUGUUGCCAGAUGAAUUAGGAGAUCUUCCCUUAGUCAAGCUGGAUUUCUCCUGUAAUAAAGUGACCGAAAUUCCAGUUUGUUACAGGAAGCUGCAUCAUUUGCAAGUAAUGAUUUUGGAUAAUAAUCCAUUGCAAGUACCACCAGCACAGAUAUGUUUAAAGGGUAAAGUACACAUAUUUAAAUACUUAAAUAUCCAAGCAUGUUGCAGAAUGGAUAAGAAACCAGAUUCUCUGGAUCUUCCCUCGCUGAGUAAAAGGAUGCCCUCCCAGCCUCUCACAGACAGUAUGGAAGAUUUUUAUCCAAAUAAAAAUCAUGGCCCUGACUCUGGGAUUGGAAGUGAUAAUGGAGAGAAACGGUUAUCUACAACUGAACCAUCAGAUGACGACACAAUCAGCCUUCACUCUCAAGUCUCCGAGUCAAAUAGAGAACAGACAUUAAGAAAUGACAGUCACUCAAUUGGAAGCAAACCUGAUUCUCAGAAAGACCAGGAGGUGUAUGAUUUUAUUGAUCCCAACACAGAAGAUGUAGCAGUUCUUGAACAAGGAGAUGCACAUAUUGGAUCAUAUGUCUCUUUCCUUAAGGGAAAAGAAAAAGGUCCUGAGAAAUCUCAGAAAAAUGAAGAAUUGGGAGAUGAAAAAAGACUUGGGAAAGAACAGUUACUUGCAGAGGAAGAGGAUGAUGAUUUGAAGGAAGUAACUGAUUUGAGGAAAAUAGCCGCUCAGUUAUUGCAGCAAGAGCAGAAGAACAGGAUUCUUAACCAUUCAACUUCUGUCCCAAGAAACAAGCCAAAACAAACUGUGGAAUGCGAAAAGAGUGUCUCAGCAGAUGAAGUUAAUUCACCGUUAUCACCUCUCACAUGGCAGCCUUUAGAAAAUCAGAAGGAUCAAAUAGAUGAACAGCAGUGGCCAGAAUCUCAACCUAUAAUCUGGCAGAGUGAAGAAAGGAGGCGGAGCAAACAGAUUAGAAAAGAAUAUUUCAAGUAUAAAUCAUCAAGGAAGAGUUCAAGUGGCAAUGAAAACGAUGAGCAAGACAGUGAUAAUGCUUAUAUGUCACCACAAUCUCCAGUAUCAUCUGAGGAGUAUGAUAGAACUGAUGGUUUUUCACAUGGUCCUUUUGGCUUGAAGCCUAGAUCAGCUUUUAGCCGCUCAUCUCGUCAGGAAUAUGGGGCAGCAGAUCCAGGAUUUACAAUGAGAAGAAAGAUGGAACAUCUCCGGGAAGAACGAGAGCAAAUACGACAACUUCGCAACAAUCUUGAAUCCAGGUUAAAAGUCAUUUUGCCUGAUGACAUUGGAGCUGCACUGAUGGAUGGGGUUGUUCUUUGCCAUUUAGCCAAUCAUAUAAGGCCACGCUCCGUAGCUAGUAUUCAUGUGCCAUCACCAGCAGUGCCUAAACUGAGCAUGGCAAAAUGUCGAAGAAAUGUAGAAAAUUUUCUUGAUGCAUGUAAAAAGUUGGGUGUCUCACAGGAAAGACUCUGUUUGCCUCAUCAUAUUCUGGAAGAGAGAGGUCUUGUGAAAGUUGGUGUCACAGUGCAGGCUCUUCUUGAAUUACCUACAACCAAGGCAUCUCAGCUUUCUACGGCUUGAUAUUCAUAGAGCAGCGAUUGAAGAAUAGGUGUGUAUUUGGAAUCUGGCCAUUUGUGGAUCCUGUAAAUCUUAGGAUCCUCAAUGAACAUGAUGUUGAAUUAAACACAGACCAUUCUAUAAAUAUUUUCCUAAGUAUGCCAUGUUACCUAAAGUCCUUGUUUAGUUUGGAGCUGGAUAAAUUUACGUUGGUAGGAGUGCAGGAAUUUUUCAAAAACAUUACUGUAAUAACUCAGUUUGCUAUAGAAGAACCUUAGUAUAAUUACUUUUGUAGUAGCCAAGCAAGUACCAUAUCUUAAAUAUGUGAUUAUUUGCACUUGUUACCUCUUAAUAUGGAUGCAACUUAUUAAAAGUGUUGGCCUGGGUAUUUCAAAGGGUAUAUAUAAAAGGUAAAAACUAGUGUGCCAAAUGGUAUAAUAAGGGUUGGUUUAGAAACAACUCUACUUUUAUUGAUCAGUUGGCAAUGAAGCCAUAUAAUUACAUUUUGGCAUUAGAAUACACGUGUGUUCUUUACAUUCCCCAAGUGUGAAAUUGGAGCUUUUAAAGAACUAAAGCUUCUUAUAACUGUAAGGUUUAAAAUUAAAUUAUUAGUAAUUUAUUACUUUAAAUAUUUCAGCUAAUUAGUUACUAUUUUUCAGUUGGAUUUAAAAAAAAACUUCAUUGGCAUAAUCAAUCUCCCUAGUGAAAACUUGGGUAAUAAAGGUAAGAAAUGGCAAAUAAAGAUCUCAAGUUGUUAGUUUUUAUUGUACAGAUCUGACAGCGUUACAAAUCAAGUGACCAUUAAGAGCUACAGCGAUCAUUCAUACUGCUUUCAUAGUUCCCAUGCGGUAGGAUUCCUCUUCUCAGUCAGUCUAGAUGUUAAUUAUUUUACAGGUAUUUUCCUGUUUCUCAUUGAAAUUAUAGGCCAUUUCCUUAUUGCAUUUCACUUACUUGUCAGUUAUUGCUUUAAAGGGAAAAUACACCAGAACCUCACUUACAGCAUUCUUCGCCGCAAAGCAAAAUUCCAUUUAAGAUGGGUCCAUCUGAGGUUCACAUCAUGUCAGUCUAUUUACUCUAGUGCCAAAAGGCAACACCACCUCUAAGUCAGUUUCUCAGCAUAGUCCCCAAGGACACAUUUUAUCAAGGCUCUGAUGUAUUUCUUUUAGUAGUUUUUAAAAUAAGUGUAAAUUUUAUUCUAAAUGGUUUUUAUGGUUAUUUUAUAUUUACUUCAUCACUUAUUGAAUUAAGAAUGAUUAUAAUUAUUUGAAUUGGAUUUGUGAUUUGAAGGGGUUAAAUAAGUCAAGCAAAUAUUUUAUCAGGCCCUAAAAAAUGUAGUAGAUAGCUACUUCUGCUAAAUUUUAUUACUGUAUGGCACAAGAAAGAAGUGAUGUUGGAUAUGUUAGAAUUGAAAUAAGGAGUAAAAAUGCAUUACCAUUUGUUUAAUAAUUAUCUUGACAGAAUGCUAGUUUAUCGACUUUUCUAAGUGAAUUUUUUGAAGAAUUCAGAAAUCUUUGUAUUGGUCACAGAUCUAUCAUAAUUGAUUUUCUGAUGCAUUUAAAAAUAAAUGGAACACUAAAUGUAUAUUACCGAUGCAAACUGUGGAUAAAGUUGAAUGAAAAAAUUAA